CCUUUAUAAACUGAGAAUGUACUCGAAUCUGCCUUCUCAGCAGGAGCCUUUAACCCUUAACCAUCCAAAGGGCGACAAGGAAAAUGCAUAAUCAACAAAUAGAAGUUAGAAAGAAUGUCAAAAUAUAAUUCUUCCAAUACACAAGUGUGUACAAAGUACAAACUGUAUACCUUUUGUGAAAACGAUUAAUUAAAAACAUCACUUUCUCUCUUUCUCUGUUUUCCUCUCUGAAGAAGACAAUGACAUCAGAGACUGCAGCACGCAGCGCGGCGCCACCUCGGAGAGUCUGCGUGUGGACGCCCCUGGCUCCUCCCACAUGUCAAGUCACAGCGGGGAGCUGCGCAUCCUGAGCGUUUACGGACAAGGGGAGGGCCCACUGGCGGUGGACGGCCAUGGCACCCUCUUCGCGGCGUCAGAGCUGGAGGCUUUGAGCUCGAUGUCCGCUGACCACAGCGUGGCCAAGAGCCUGAACUGCAGCGUGCGGCUGGUCCGCCUUGAGGAGCUGACUGGGCAUCAGGGCGGCCGCAAGGGCCGGCCCGGUGUCUUGUGUGGAAAGGUUAUUCCCAACAAUGCCAAUAUGAUCGUCCACAUGAGGACUCACUCCGGCGAGAAGCCCUACAGGUGUGACCGAUGCAUGAAGUGCUUCAGUCACAAAGGCAAACUGAAUAAACAUGUAAUGACUCACUCUGGGGAGAAGCCCUACAAGUGUGACCAAUGCACGGAGCGCUUCAGUCGGACAGGCACCCUGAAGAUCCACCUGAGGACUCACUCCGGGGAGAAGCCCUACAAGUGUGACCAAUGCACGAAGCGCUUCCGUCGGACAAGCCACCUGAAGAUCCACCUGAGGACUCACUCCGGCGAGAAGCCCUACAAGUGUGACCAAUGCCCGAAGCGCUUCAGUCAGAAUAACAUCCUGAAGAACCACAUGAGGACUCACUCCGGGGAGAAGCCCUACAAGUGUGACCAAUGCACGAAGCGCUUCCGUCGGACAAGCAUUCUGAAGAGCCACACGAUGACUCACUCCGGUGAGAAGCCCUACAAGUGUGACCAAUGCAUGAAGGGCUUCAGUCAGACAAGCCACCUGAAGAUCCACCUGAGGACUCACUCUGGGGAGAAGCCCUACAAUUGUGACCAAUGCACGAAGCGCUUCAGUCAGUCAGGCACCCUGAAGAUCCACCUGAGGGCUCACUCUGGGGAGAAGCCCUACAGGUGUGACCAAUGCACGAAGUGCUUCAGUGAGAAAGGCACCCUGAAUAAACACAUGAGGAGUCACUCCGGGGAGAAGCCCUACAAGUGUGACCAAUGCACGAAGUGCUUCAGUCUGAAAGACCCCCUGAACGUCCACAUGAGGACUCACUCCGGGGAGAAGCCCUACAAGUGUGACCAAUGCACGAUGCGCUUCAGUCAGAAAGGCCACCUGAAGAUCCACAUGAGGACUCACUCCGGGGAGAAGCCCUACGGGUGCGACCAAUGCAUCAAGCGCUACAGUCAGAAAUGCAAGCUGAACAUCCACAUGAGGAUUCACUCCGGUUAGACGCCCUGCCUGUUAGUGCAUUGCAACGCCAGCUACAGCGACCCAAGCAAUUUGAGUGUGCACAUGCUCAAGGACACGGGCAAUGGGGUAAUUUCACACAGGGUAACGGGGCGCUUUGAUUGAGAGCUCUGUCCGGUAUUUGUCGAAAAAACUGCUUUUAGUUUUUCUUUUCAUCAGGAUUAAACACUUUCCAGCUUUUGAUUCGCUUUGUUUUGCUUUGUUUUAAUUUUAGUAAUUCAUGUCUGUGUGAUAAAGAACUUAUUUCUCUGACUCUUCUAACAGAAAAAUAUUAGGAAACGUUCACAUCGUUGGUAAAUACAAAGGAAACUUGUGAGGGGAGUAUACCACGAACCUCGCUGAACAAACCCAGGCUUUCUUGGGAAAACCUGGUUCGACAGAGACGCAACUCGCAGUCAGAGUUAAAUGGUUCCACGACACUCACUCUAGAUUAAAUUAGUCUAACCAGGUUUUCCGCUUUAGGUUCAAUGCGCGUUCACAUAAAAGGUGUGUUCAUCACGUCAUUUGACUCCCCCUUAUGCAAAGUGAAUCGAGCGUGUGUGGUGUAUUAUGAAUUCCUACGAGGAAUUCAAGGUCCAAAUCACACCCAAGGGGAACACGGUUGCCCAUAAUAUGGCUAGGGUAGCGUGCUGGCAAAAAAUAGCCGUCCGUGUUCAUUCGUAAGUGAAAAGAUUCUGCAUAUUGUCUAAAAAUAUCAUGUAUCAUCAUGCCUUUUACCCCCAUAGAUGUGGUGCCAGCACGGUCCUACGUACAUGGGGCCAAGUCAAAAAUAAAUAUUAAAAUAAUAUUCAAUGUGGUAAGUUGUAAGCAUCCAUUUGAAUAAUUUCAGGUGAAUCUAGCCUAUGAUUUGCAAUGGCCUAGGCUCCAACCUUUAGUCACAUGUU